GUGCUGGUUGACUCUUCACAUCCACAUGAAUUCUAUAAAAGGUCAAAAAGUAACCAUAAAAUUAUUAAAACUCUCCUUAUCUCAUAUGAGAAGUGAUAGCCAUGCAUUAAUUCAUCAUAUAGUAUAUUUUAAAAUUAAUUCUCCUCUUCAUCUGCUCCAUUCUCAUUCACUAGCUUCCUUAAAUUAAGCCCCCCUCCAAUUCAUAUUACUCAAAGUUUAGUGGUUUAGUUUCUCGGGGUUUGACAAUGGAAGAGAUGGCGAAGAAUCCAUGGUUUGACGUUGUCGAAGAUGAUGAACUUGUUGCAGAGCUUCUCGACCAUGUCUCGCCUUCCUUUUUGGCACCGACCGAUGAUCUCAUGAGAAGUACUAACUACAAUCAUAACACGACUAAUUGGGAUGCCUCUUCCCAAUAUAGGGUUUCAUUGUUGGAGAAGGGCUUGAUGAAUAAAGAGUAUGAUCAUAAGUUUACACUUAGAAUGAAGUGUUUUGGAAAUGGAAAUAAUGUUUUGGCAGAUGAUGGCUACAAAUGGAGGAAAUAUGGUCAGAAAUCCAUCAAGAAUAGUCCUCAUCCUAGGAGUUACUAUAGAUGCACGAACCCUCGAUGCAACGCAAAAAAGCAAGUGGAGCGAUGUAGCGAUGAUCCAGAUACUCUCGUUGUGACCUACGAAGGGCUUCACCUUCACUAUGCAUAUCCGUUUUUGUUAAUGGGCCAGGCCCAAAGUCUCAAUCAACCAUCUAAGAAGCAAAAGAUUUCCGAACCAAGUCCAGAUUCAGUAUUCACCGGACACGACAAGAAAAGCCCAGAAAGUUCGGAUAAAAGCCCACAACGUGAAAAUGUUGUGGGCUUACAACAAGAGUGGGCCUUUAAUGAUGGGCCGGGCUCACAAGGUUUGCUUGAGGAUAUGGUGCCAUUGGGGGUGAGAAACCCAUCAAAGAUUGUUUCAUCCAAUUCAUCAUCUUGCUCUACUUAUCCUUCUCCUCUCACUUCUCCUUCUUCCCUAUCUUGGUCCCCUAAUUAUUAUUCACCCUUUGACAUCUAUUAAGAAUCUUUUUAUAGUGAUGUCAUAUAAUAAAAUCAUAAAAUAUAUAAUACAAUAAUUAAUUAGCUAUAUAUAUAUAUAUAAUCCUUUUAUAGAUGUGUAAAAUAAUGUGUAAUGUUUUGAAGAAAUAAAUACCCUUCUUGGAUAUUCAAUAGUG